AUGACAUUGGAAGGGAGGUAUAUCGGACUCAUCCUGGCUAUAUGCUCAAGCCUACUCAUUGGCAUAUCAUUUGUGGUAACUAAGAAGGGAUUGCAAAACUCCUCGACAGCUGAACAUGGACGAGCCUCUGAUUCGCAUCGAUAUUUAAAGAAUCCUGUAUGGUGGAUUGGGCUCAUUGUCAUGGUAAUGGGUGAGAUACUCAAUUUUAUAGGAUAUACAUUUGCUCCUGCUAUUUUGAUAACACCCUUGGGAGCCCUGAGUGUGAUUGUGGGGGCUAUCUUGGGGUCUAUAUUCUUGAAAGAAAAGAUGGGUCCUAUAGGCAUUAUUGGAUGCUUGCUAUCUGUAAUUGGUGCAGUGAUCAUCAUUUUUCAUGCACCUGAAGAUCCAGAUGUUCAAAGUGUACAAGAGCUAGUUGCAUACAUGCUUAAACCAGGUUUGUACAGUGUAUUUAGUGGCGAACACCGUAUUGACUUUCUCGAUACAGGCUUUUUAGUGUAUGGUAUCCUGGUCAUACUGAUUGUGGUGGGAAUGAUUUGGAAGUGCAAAAUGAGACUUAAGUGGAAAAAGAAGCGUCAAAGACGUCUCAAGAAGAAGCGCAGACAACAAAAGAAGAGAUACCACUAA